UUGUUAACCAUUCCUUUUCCCAUUCCUUCAGAACAUCGUUCAGUAUAUUUUUUUAAUGUAUGUUUUUGGCACCACUAAAAUUAACUUCUAGAUCCUCCUCCAGGGCGCUUCCUUAGCGAGUUUGUCCGCAACCUCGUUGUCGUAAUUUCCCUUAUGUGCUUUGACCCACAUUAAAUUUAUUAUCCACUUGUCUUUUCUCCGCAGUUCUCUCAACAUUCUUCUUAUUCUCUCUGCCUUCAUGUUAUGGUCCACUUUCAGUCUGUAUUAAUUCCGCCUUAUUCGAUUCCUUAUGUUAGCAUCUUGGAUUCACUGUACCACUCUAUUUAUUGCAAACAGCUCUACCUAAUUGUUGGUAAUCAUGACGCUAAUGUAUAUUUCUUUUUGUGUUUCACAAUAUCCUGGCUGAUUACAUUGUCCUCAAUUCUGCUCCCAUCCGUGUAUAUUUAGUAUGUAUAUUCAUUUACCGCUUGGUGAUCUGUGAUAUUUUCCAUUUUUGCUGGAUGUGGCCAUUCUUCAACUGUUUGCGGACAACUUUAACCUAGAUUCCUACGGUUAUAUAAAAUUAAUUAAUUAUAUCAGGACGGAGAAGCCAGAUAUUAAAACUAUUAAGGAGUGUAAGGAGCCUUGUUGGAUGGAUGAACGUUAUUUAAAACCAUUUGAUGUAAAUGACCCAUUUUUAUGGUAUGAUUUACCUACAGUUGGUAUGACUGAGUAUGGCCCUGAACCGAAGUAUAUAAACUCAGAGGAUGGUAAAAUUACUUUAGCCCAAAGCCAUUUUAAUGAACUUCAAAGUAGAAUUCAUUCGCUGUCUGAAAAAGUAAAAGAAAAAGAUGACCAGAUAGAAGCGUUAAGAAUGCUACUUACAGUUACUGAUUCACCAAAAAAACAAUCUUCCAAUUCUCAAAAUACUGAGGACGAAUCUUAUUUUAAUUCAUACUCAGGUUCAUUCAUUCACAACGAAAUGUUGCAGGAUCAACCAAGGAUGGUUGCCUUCAAAGAUGUGUUCGAGAAGAACAAAGAGUUCUUUAAGAAUAAGACUGUUCUUGAUGUUGGUUGUGGUACUGGAAUCCUUGCAAUGUUUGCUGCAACAGCAGGUGCAAAAGAAGUGGUUGGAAUAGACGAAUCAGAAAUUCUUUAUCAAGCUUUCGACAUUCUUAGAGAAAAUGAUUUGCAUAAUGUUGUUAAAUUAAUAAAAGGCAAACUAGAAACACAAGAACUCCCCCUUGAAAAAUUUGAUGUGAUAAUAUCCGAGUGGAUGGGAUAUUUUUUGUUAUUUGAAGGCAUGCUAGAUUCUGUAAUUUAUGCUAGAGAAACAUAUUUAGCCCCAGGAGGGUUGAUGUUACCUAGUAAAGCCAGUAUUCAUCUUAGUGGAGUAAGUGAUUUAGAACGACAUAAUUAUAUGAUAUCAUUUUGGGAUAAUGUGAGCGGUUUCAAAAUGUCUUGUAUGAAGACGUUAUCGGCCCAAGAACCAUUUGUUGAAUUGGUGAAAAGUGAAACUAUCAUAACUGACGUUCAUACUGUAUACACUUUGGACAUAUCAACUUGUACAUCAGAAGAUAUGAAUUUCUCAACCGAUUUUGAAUUGACAAUAAAUCAGAGUUCGACGUUAACAGCUCUUGUCGGUUCAUUUGAUGUAGAUUUCAAUUUACCUUAUUCAGUGACACUUUCAACAUCGCCAAAGGCACCUCGUACACAUUGGCAACAAACUGUGUUCUACAUCAAGAAUCCUAUCUCUGUGGUUGCUGGUCAAAAACUGAAGUGUCGCAUAUUAUGUAAGAAAAGAGCAGUGAAUGCAAGAUCAUUUAACAUUACAAUUACCAUUGAAGGGAAAUCACAAACAUACUUAUUAUUUUGAAUGAAACAAAUUGUUAUUGUUUAACAGAAAAAAAAGAGCGAAAUAAGGUAAAUUGAACUAACUAGAGGACGUUAAUGGUCUUUCUCACAUGCUUCUUCAUUUGUCUUUCAAGUUGUACAUGUUAAUUUUUUUCUGAGACUGAUGUACAUGGUAGCAGAUUGGUUUGUUUAAUACCUUGAUGACAAUAUAAACAUAUUAAUUAAGAAAAUAAGUUAAUAUGUCUAUGAGGCAAAUCAAAUAAUUAAAAAUUGCUACGGGACCACAUGGUAUUUUUAAUUGGGUCUCUUGUUUCGAUCUGUUAGUAUCUAUUAAAGUUAGAAAUUAAUGCUUAGAACAAUCUUUUAUUUAAUCCAAAAGUGCUUUAGCUAUUAUCUAAACUAGUUUUAAAAUGACUCACCUAGAAAUUAAAAGUACACAAACAGAAAUUUCAUAUAUAUAUNUAUAUAUA